UUUACAAGCGAUGGACAUGAAUCACAUGAUAUUGAAUGGUAUUUUAUUUGCACCCGAAUUCUCAAAGUGUUGGGAACUCAUAGUUUGUGAAGUGCGUAUACCAUAUUAGAGAUCAAACCGUACCGUAUGUCAGUUCAUUAUGAUACACAUUUGUAAUGAUGUAUAUAUAAUAUAGUUAAAUGACUCUAUUCUUAGUAUAUCAACCGAUUUUAACAAUUUUGAUAAAUGAUAUUAUAAGGAUGUAUUACCGGUUGAAUGUAUUAUUUAAUUCUAACAUUAUUUUAACAAUGAUAUACUUUACUAAAGUAAAUCACCGUUUAGGAUAUAUAUAUAUAUAUAUAUAUAUAUAAUUUAGGAGUAGUUUGGUUUUGGUGAUACUUGAAUCAACGAAUUGUGUGGCAUUGGGAUUUACACUUAACUUUGCAAAAUAAAGACAAAAACAUUAUUGUUAUCAAAAUAUGGUUUAAUUCUUCUUCAUAUAUACCUUUUAGAAACCCAAGUAAUUUGUGUCCAUAUCCAGAGAAAACAGGUAUGAUUAUUCUCUCCCUGUUACCAACUUCCAACAGAUGCUCUGUGACUGUGCCUGCUGUACUAUGGGAGGAGGAAGAGAAGAAGAAGAAGAAGCAGCCGCAAACGGUGACGUUUGGGUCGAAUGAAGCUUCUUCGAUGGUGAAGCAGCUGAGGCAGAGCUUCAAAUCUGGGAAGACCAAGAGUUAUCAAUGGCGGGUCUCUCAGCUGAAAGGGAUUGCUAAAAUGGUCGAGGAGAGGGAAAGCGACAUCGUUCAGGCCCUUUACCAGGACCUCUCCAAGCCACCACUUGAAGCCUUUGUUGCUGAGAUUUCAAUGGCCAAGUCUUCAUGCAGGGAGGCCAUAGAAGGGCUCCAAGAUUGGAUGAAGCCUGAAAAGGCCAAAACCGGCAUUUCAACAUACCCAUCUACAGCAGAGAUUGUCUCUGACCCUUUAGGGGUAGUGCUGGUCAUCUCAACCUGGAACUUCCCCUUCUUGCUGUCUAUAGAUCCAGUGAUUGGAGCCAUAGCAGCAGGAAAUGCAGUGGUUCUGAAGCCAUCAGAGAUUGCUCCGGCGACAUCUGCACUUCUGUCCAAGCUAGUGAAGGACUACCUGGACGAUUCUGCCGUCAAAGUUGUUGAAGGGGCCAUCCCUGAAACCUCUGCAUUGUUGGACCAACAGUGGGAUAAGAUUCUCUACACAGGAAGUGCUAGAGUGGGCAGGAUUGUAAUGGCUGCCGCGGCCAAGCACCUGACUCCUGUGGUGCUUGAACUGGGUGGCAAAUGCCCUGCUGUUGUGGAUUCCAAUGUCAAUCUAGAGGUUGCUGUGAGGAGGAUCAUAGCAGGGAAAUGGCAAUGCAACAAUGGACAAGCCUGCAUUGGAGUUGAUUACAUCAUAACUACUAAAGACUUUGCUCCAAAGUUGAUAGAAGGUCUUAGAAAAGGGAUAGAGGAGUUCUUUGGGAAGGACCCAAUGGAGUCGAAGGACAUUUCCAGGAUUGUGAGCCCUGCCCAAUUCAAACGUUUGGUUGGGCUUCUGGAUGAGGAUAAUGUCUCUGACAAACUUGUCCUUGGUGGCCGCAGGGAUUCAACUAGAUUGAAGAUAGAUCCAACCAUAGUAUUGGAUCCUCCUCAGGAGUCCCAAAUCAUGCAGGAAGAGAUCUUUGGACCAUUGCUUCCCAUUGUCACGGUAGGCAAUUUGAAGGAAUCCUUUGAAGUGAUAAACUCCAAACCAAAACCUCUAGCAGCAUACCUCUUUACAGAAGAUGAGCAGCUGAAGCAGGAUUUUGUGGAGAAUGUUCCCUCUGGAGGCAUGUCCAUCAAUGACACCAUACUCCACGUGACAGUUCACACAAUGCCAUUUGGAGGAGUUGGGGAGAGUGGAAUGGGAUCAUACCAUGGCAAGUUCUCAUUUGAUGCAUUCAGCCACAAGAAGUCAGUCCUCUACAGAAGCUUCAGUGGGGAUGCUUCUCUAAGGUACCCACCUUACACUCCAAAGAAGCAAAUGGUAAUGAAGGGCCUCAUGAAUGGUGGGUUGCCUGGGAUGCUGCUUGCUUUGCUUGGAUGGUCUUCUCACAAUAGUGGUACUAAAUCUUAGGCUAGGGAAAAGAGAGAUUAUUGUAUUUGAUUACUUGAGCAAUCUACUUUUUUUCAAUCAAAGUAUAUGUAUAUUAAUAUAAGCAUAACUAAUAGUAAUUUGUGGUAUGCAUGUGUAGAUACAUAUAUAUGUAUUGCCUAGUCCUCUACCAGCGAGUUUUGAAUCACUUGCCACGGUAACAAGCAAUAAUAAUGGUCAAAAUUUGUUUUUGUUUUGAGUGACCAAUCCAUAAUAAGACGAUAAAAAAAAUAAAGUUACAAUUGCUUCAAUUGGUUGGAUUAGACCGGAUAAUGCAUUUCCAAUCUAUAUUUAAUUGAGUUUGACUUCUAUCCCAAUUCAAAAUACAGUUAGAACUUAGAA